CUGCGGAGUAGAGCGCCGAGAGCAGGCGGCUGAUGCAACCGGGAGUGCUGCCGGAGCUCUUUGGCAAGGGAGAAUCCGCUGGCACCAUGGGGCAUCAACUGACAGCAGAGGAGAAAUACCACCUGAUCACCCGGAAUUUGCAGGAAGUUCUUGGAGAAGAUAAACUGAAGGCCAUCUUGCAAGAGCGUGAGCUGAAGAUCUACUGGGGAACGGCCACGACGGGCAAGCCUCACAUAGCCUACUUUGUGCCCAUGUCCAAGAUAGCGGACUUCCUCAAGGCUGGCUGCGAGGUCACAAUCCUGUUUGCUGACCUCCACGCAUACCUGGACAACAUGAAGGCCCCCUGGGAGCUCCUGGGGCUGCGCACCCAGUACUAUGAGCACGUCAUCAAGGCAAUGCUGGAAAGCAUUGGGGUGCCCCUGGAGAAACUGCACUUCAUCCGUGGGACUGACUAUCAGCUGAGCAAGGAAUACACGCUCGACGUUUACCGGUUGUCCUCCGUCGUCACGCAGCAUGACGCCAAGAAAGCCGGUGCAGAGGUGGUUAAGCAAGUGGAGCACCCUUUGCUCAGCGGCCUCCUCUAUCCCGGACUGCAGGCGCUGGAUGAGGAGUACCUGAAAGUCGAUGCUCAGUUUGGAGGAGUGGAUCAGAGGAAGAUUUUCACGUUUGCAGAAAAGUACCUGCCGUCCCUGGGCUAUGCCAAGCGCAUCCACCUGAUGAACCCCAUGGUGCCAGGACUGACGGGCAGCAAGAUGAGCUCUUCGGAAGAGGACUCCAAGAUUGAUCUCCUCGAUCGUAAGGAGGAUGUGAAGAAGAAGCUCAAGAAGGCUUUUUGUGAGCCAGGAAAUGUGGAGAACAACGGCGUUCUGGCCUUCAUCAAGCACGUGCUCUUCCCGCUCAGAUCGGAGUUUGUGAUCCUCCGAGAUGAGAAGUGGGGAGGGAACAAAACCUACACAAACUACUGGGACCUGGAGAAGGACUUUGCUGAGCAGACUGUCCAUCCGGGAGACCUGAAGAACUCCGUGGAGGUGGCCUUAAACAAGCUGCUGGAUCCCAUCAGGGAGAAGUUCAGCAGUUCGGAAAUGAAGAAGCUCACUGGUAGCGCCUACCCGGAUCCGUCCAAAGCAAAGCCCGCUGCGAAAGGCCCUGCAAAGAAUUCUGACCCUGAGGAGGCGGUGCCUUCCCGAGUGGACCUCCGUGUGGGCAAGGUGCUCUCUGUGGAGAAGCACCCUGACGCCGACACCCUGUACGUGGAGAAGAUCGAUGUGGGGGAGCCUGAACCACGGACGGUGGUCAGUGGCCUGGUGGCGUUUGUACCCGAGGAGCAGCUGCAGGACAGGCUGGUGGUGGUGCUGUGCAACCUGAAGCCUCAGAAGAUGAGGGGGGUGGCGUCCCAGGCCAUGCUGCUCUGUGCGUCCAGCAACGGAGAGCUGUGCCGCAUCGAACCCCUGGACCCCCCAGCAGGCUGCUGUCCAGGGGAGCGUGUGUUUGUGGAAGGCUACGAGAGCGGCCAGCCUGACGAGGAGCUGAAACCCAAGAAAAGGGUCUUUGAGAAGCUGCAGGCAGACUUCAGGAUUUCAGAGGAUCUCGUGGCCCAGUGGAAGGGGAGGAACUUCAUGACCAAACUGGGGGCCGUCACAUGCAAAAGUCUGAAAGGCGGCAGCAUCCACUAACCCCUCCCCUCCUGCACUUCAUGCCAGUGCCUGCCUGCUGGUUGUACUUUGCACUUCCCUUGUUCUCCCAGGCCAGAGAUCUCAGCAUAGCCUCUUCCAACCCAUGAAAGAACGAACAGAUGUGGCUUCUGGGCUUGGAUGUGGACGAAACGAGACAGGGUACCUAGAAGCAUCUGCCAGGGCGAGAGGCCCUUCUUUCUCCAACGGUCGUGUCGUUUGUGUCGAUACGGUGAGGAAAGGAACCGUUGACGACGGUUUACUGACUGCCACACCUGGUGGAACCCUUUUCACGUGUGUUGGGGGCAAGGCAGUGCCGCGGAGGCAUCGGCCCAUGUGGAGUGCGUGUGCACUCAGCUGACGGCAGGUCCUGCACUUUACCAUUUGAUGCUUUGCCAAGCUUGAGUCCAGGCUGGUGAACGCUGGCAGGAGAGGAUCUGCCAGGUUAGCAAUCUGUCAUUGUCAACACUGAUUUCUGGAUUUGUCAUCCAUCCAAAUAAAAUGCUCCUCAUUGUGGUCUCA